AAGCGGCUGCGAGAACGGUUACGCACCGCGCGUGAGCCGUUUAGGACGGCUCUGCGCAUGCGCCUACGCGGGGCUGGUGACUGAUGUCCUGCUUUGCGCAUGCGUAACAUCUGUAUAUUAUCGCUCUAAACUCUUACCAUGCGGGGACUCAGGGAAUGCCCGGAUGGACGCGGCCGACGUUGCCCCGCGCGUUAUGCGCAUGCGCAGUGUCAAGAUGGUGGGGCUGGAUAUGGAUUUCAGGGACCGGCAGCUGAGGCGGCGGCAGCAGCAGGUGCUGCAGCAGCGUCAAGGUAACCAGGUCUGGCGCCUGCCCCGCGGGGCCCGCUGCCCCUCAGCCUGGGCCCCGUUCCAGGGCCAAUGCCAGCAGUCGUGGCCAGUCGCUCGCAGGAAGAGAGCGGCCGGCUCUGGGCAGCGGGGAUGGCAGCCGCGGCCAAGGACGGCAGCCGCCCCCAGGGCGAAAGGGAGCGCGGCAUCGGGCCCUAAGGCUAAGGCGGCUGGAGCGGCAGACCCCAAGGUGGCUGGUGGGAGCGUGGGGGCAGGGAGCGCGGUGGGCCCAGCAAUGACAGCGGCCUCAGGCGGGAGCGCAGCGGAGACGGCGGCGGCCCCAGACCCCGCGGUGAAGGUGGCAGGUGGGAGCGUGACCAUGGUGGUGGCAGCCUCGGGCCCCAUGGUGAAGGUGGCUGGCGGGAGCGUGACCAUGGUAGCCCCGGGCCCCCCAGCAAAGGUGGACGCUGGGAGAGUGGGGGAGAUGAUGGUGGUGGGUUUGGGUCCUGUGGUGAAGGAGGCUGACCGGAGCACAGCGGAGACGACAAUGAAGGUGGCUGGUGGGACGGUGACGAGGACAGCAGCAACCUCAGACCCUACGGUGAAGGUGGCUGGUGGAAGCCCAGUGACCUCAGGCCCUGCGGUGAUGUUGGCGGCCUCAAGCUCUGGGGCGAUGGGCCCUGCGGCGAAGGUGGCCAAUGAGAUCAUUCAGUCUCCCUCUUUUGGGUCACAGGCGGCCAUCCCACUGCCAAAAUACAACAGUGGGGUAUCUGUAUCUACAAUGGAGCCCAACAGCAGCAGCACAUUGGCUUUCAAGGGUUCUGUGGUUUCAAUGGCAGCCACAAAGAGACACAACAACAACAAUGUCCCUGUGUGUGGGACUCCAGCAGCCAAGCUCCUCAAAUUGCCUGGGCCUGAUGACAACCAUAGUCCAGCCCUUUUGGAAGCCUUCAAGGCUGUGGUUGCAGCUGGUGGGAGUGGCUGGCUGGACCCAGUGGCAGUGGCUGCAGUGAAAACAGAACUGGAAGUGGGCUGCUCCUUUGAGGAGGACCUGGGAAGCGGGAGCAGAGAGACAAGUGGCAAGAGCAGUGAGCCACAGCAACUCACCUGGACCCCCACCCUACUUGUGACAGAACGCAAGAGAAAGAAGAAGCCUAUUAGCCAGGAGCGCACAACCUUAGUGAACCUUGUACCAUGCACUGAGGAUAGGAUAAAGGAGCCUAAGCCCAACCCCCUGGGAUCAGAGGACCAAGCAGAGGCCUACAAUAUGGAGCCCAUGUUGUCAUUUUUCCCACCAGAUUCCCACAUUAGAAGCAUGGUACCAGGUGGUGAUAACUUUAUGCAAGCUGAACCAAAGGAAAUAUGGAUUUGCGGCCAUUCUGUGAUUUUGGUGACAAAGAGGAGGGCAAGCACUCACCCACAUGGGCUGCAGCUGGGUUUCCCAAGUUCGAGUGCAUUUUUGUAUUGGCAUGGCAUACAGGCAAUGCUGUGGGAUCAGCUCUUGCCUCUUCUUCAUGAAAUUUAUUAUCUCAGGUCUUUUCCAUCAAUUAUAGUAAUUCACCUUGGGGAAAAUGAUCUUGUGCAACACACCAGUAUGUCACUUAUUGUCAAAAUGAAAAAUGACUUGGGCAUCCUUAGAAGGGCCUUCCCUGAUGCCCAUAUAAUUUGGUCUUCACUGUUGCCAAGGCGUUUUUGGAAAGGAGCCGAAAAACCAGUGAGUAUAGAAAAGGCACGGAAGGGGAUUAACAGGGAAAUGUCCCAUUAUUGCAGUGAAAAUGGCAUAAUGUUUUUGAGACAUGAUUUAAUCACUUACGAUAAGCCAAACAUGUUCCUGCCUGAUGUAGAUGACUUGUCUGAUGUAGGAGCUGAUGUUUUUACAGCAGAUUUAAAAGGGGCCCUACAUUCCUGCCUGGGCUUUGGUAAAGGCUAAUCUGCUUUUGUCUGGGGAAACGAAUUUUUCAGGACUGUUCCAUGACAUCCCAUCUGUGCACGGGAGUCUAGGAUUUGAGGGGCAGGGAGGGAGAUGGUCAUACCAGUUGAAAGUUAAAGCUUCGUUGCUUUAAACUGGCAGGAAGGAGCAUUUUGCAGUUGCGUCCACAUCCUGUUGUCCUUGGCAAGUUCUUGAUGUGCCGGAAGUUAAGGUGGGUUUGGGUUGCCCACCCAUGGAGUUUCACAGGUCUGUCAGGUCUGUGCACAAAAGACUGUAGUAACUAUGGAGUUACCACCCCCCCUUCCCCUGUGAAGAGGGGAGACUGGACAGAUACAUAACCUCUGAGCGAGUUAAUGUUCAUUGUGUUAAUUUUGUUCAUUUUGAUCCCUCAUAGCAGUAUUCUUGUAGACAAUAAGAUGUAAUUCAGGAUUAACGAGUUUCAGAUGGCUCGUUCACAUAUUUCUAUCUUAAAUUAGAUGUGUGUGGAAUAAACAUUUUGUUUAAGGUGUGAGUGUGUGUAUAUACACACGUGCAUACACCAUAACACAUUUAAAUGUAAGUGUGCAGCAUGGUAUGUUGUCUCUUAUGCUUUGGUAUAAUAGACUGUAAUUGUUGGAAAGUUAUGGACAUUAGCAGGGCUUUGGACCAGAUCCUGGAGCUGGAGUGUGGAGCAGCUCCGGAGCAGUGGAGCUGCAGGUUUUUGCCUGGAGCUGGAGUGGAGCCAGAGCACAGCUCCAAAGCCCUGGAUAUUAGGGCUCUGACUAAACAGACUGUUUCCAAUUAUUCAUAGAAAUAUAGGGCUAGAAGGGACCUCAAGAGGUCAUCAAGUCCAGCCUUCUGAGUGCUGAGGCAGGACCAUCCCUCUGUUCUUAAAAAACCUUCAAGGAUGCUGAUUCCACAACCUCCCUUGGAAGUCUAUUCCAGUGCUUAACUACCCUUCUAGUUAGAAAGUUUUUCCUGAUAACCAUCUUAAAUUUCCCUUGCUGCAGAUUAAGCCCAUUACUUGUUGUCUUACCUUCAGUUGACAUAGAGAACAAUGUAAUCACUGUCUUCUUUAUAACAGCCCUUAACAUCGUGGAGGACUGUUAUCAGGUCCUCCCUAGUUCUUUUCUUAAGACUAAACAUGCCUAGGGUCUCCCCUUCUCUUCCCUCCUCCCCUCCCCACCCCACCCCACCGUUCAGAUUUUCCAAACCUUUUAUCAUUCUUGUUCUCCUUUGGACUCUUUCUAGUUUAUCUACAUCUUUCCUAAAGCAUGGCACCCAGAACUGAUACAGUAUUCCAGCUGAGGCCUCUCUAGUGCCAGGUAGAGCAGGACAAUUACCUCCUGCAUUUUUUAUAUAUAGCACUCCAGUUAAUACACUCCAGAAUGACAUUAGCUUUUUUCACAACUACAUCACGCUGUUGACUCAUAUUCAGUUUGUGAUCCACUACAACCCCAGAUGGUUUUCAGCAGUACUGUCACCUAGUCAGUCAUUCCCCAUUUUGUAGUUGUGCAUUUGAUUUUUCCUUUCUAAGUGUAGUACUUUGCAUUUACCUUUACUGAAUUUCAUCUUGUUGAUUUCAGACCAAUUUUCCAGUUUGUCAGUCAUUUAGAAUUCUAAUCCUAUCCUCCUACGUGCUUCCCAGCAUGGUAUCGACUGCAAAUUUUAUAAGUAUACUCUCCACAGCAUUUUCCAUGUUAAUGAAAAUAGUGAAUAGUACCAGACCCAGGACUAACUCCUGCGGGACCCCACUAGAUUCAUCCCUACCAGUUUGACAGCAAACCAUUGAUAACUACUCUGAGUAUGGUCUUUCAAUCAGUUUUAUACUCACCUGAUAGUAAUUUCAAAUAGACCACAUUUACCUGUUUUACUUAUGAGAAUGCCAUGUGGGUCUGCGUCAAAAGCCUUACUAAAAAUCAAGGUAUAUCCUGUCUGCUGCUUUCCCUCAUCCACUAGGCCAGUAACCCUGUUAAAGAAGGAAAUUCGGUUGGUUUGGCAUGAUUUGCUAUUUCUUAUAACCCUGCUAUCCUCUAGCUGCUUACAAAUUGGUUAAUAAUUUGUUCCAGUAUCUUUCCAUGUGUGCAAGUUAGGCUGACUGGUCUAUAAUUCCCUGGGUCCUCUUUGUUCCCCUUUUAAAAGAUAGGUACUAUUUUUGCCCUUCUCCAAUCUUCGAGUUAUUCACCCAGCAUCCAUGAAUUCUCGAAGAUACUUGCUUACGGUUAUGAGGUUGCUUCAGCUAGUUCCAUAGGUACAAUAGGAUGAAUUUCAUCAGGACCUAACAACUUGAAUACGUCUAACUUAUCUAAAUGUUCUUUAACCCGUUCUUCACUAUUCUGGCUUGCAUUCCUUCCCCUUUGUUGUUAAUAUUGUGACCCAAUACUCAACACCAUUAACCUUUUUAGAAAAGACUGAAGUGAAAUAGGCAUUAAACACUCAGCCUUCUUGAUGUUGUCAGUCAUUAGCUCUGCUUCCCUGCUAAGUAGAGGACCUACACUUUCGUUUGUCUUUCUCUUGCUCUUCAUGGUUAAUCCUGUGUUAACACUAACAAGUACAUAGGGCUCGCAAGUAUCCUCUAUCCUGUUCUCAUUUGAAUCUAGCUUCCAUCUAGUGUCUGACUAGUAACGGGACGCUGAUUCUGUAACCUGCUCUGCAAUAGAGGUUUUGACAAAACUGGCUUCCUCACCAUCAGUUGCUCUGCAACCUGUCCUCAAAUAACACAUUCAUUUCUGGCUAUACUCAAGAACUCUACCUUCCAGCACACUACUGGCUUGGAUGCUGACCUGCAAACAAAUCACUUACCUCUUUGUGCCUCAUCUUACCAUUUCAUAGUCCCAUUUCAAAUUUACCCAUUUACCUACCUCAAAGGGUUUGUUAAAGAUAUUAAGUGCUCAAUAGCUAGGGAUUAUAAUUUUUGUGUGUGUCUGUAUAAGAACACAUAACUAGUGGGAAUUUUCUCAUGAGGGUCCAGUGAGAAACUUUCUCUUGUUUUGAGAUCAUUUAUAUGAAUAGCAAUCAAAGAGCUGACUGUUGAAAUGCCAUCUAAUUCUUUCCCUAUGUUUGUGUUAAGCCUACAAGUCAUUGCUUAGAAGGAUCAGAAUAACACUGUUGAUGGUAUACUGGCCAAAACACAUGUGUAUGUUUUGUUUAUUGAGUGGUUUAUACUGAGAGGUCAUCAGACUGGGAAUGGCAGUAAUUCCACAACUUCCUGUCUUUGCAUGGGAGUCUGGAAUGAGAGUGAAAGGGGGUUGAAAUACCAUAACCUUAAUUGCCAGAAAUGGGCAAGAAGAAAAGUUAUCCAUGUUACCUGUGAAUCUUUUGGAAGACAUGAGGUGGAAGAUUUGGGGUAGUCUAGGAGCGCCUCUCUAAGGCAAGGCUGUAAUAAUGAUGGAAUCUCCCAAGAGUGGAGAAAUUGGCUGAUGACCUCUUCAAUUGACUGUACAUAGUUGUUGAGCAUUUUUGUAGGUGGAACAUAUUUGUAAUGUGAACAGCACUGUAACUUUUUGUACAUUAAUAAAGCUAUGAUUUUUGUGUUCUUCUCUUCAAAGCUGUGAUAUAUUUGUAUGCUUUGGUGAAGUGCCUACCAGUGUUUAGCUUUCUGCAGAAUAGCAAAACCUUGCAUGCAUUUUGUUUUGCCUUUGCAACCCAAAAGUUAACAUGGCGGGGAGAGCUGUUCUCAUUGUGGGGCACUUUUAAGUAAAAUUCAUUACUACUUCAUAAAGAUUAUAAGCAACAUACCCUGGUGUUCCUAUGAUCUUCAGGUAGAACUGACACAUGCUUGCAAUUUUUCCACCCACCCCUAUUUGGUUUCUAUAAUGGCACUGGCAGAAUGCCACUCUUGAUGUCUGUCAGUGACACUCAGAAAUGAUGAUGUAAUUAAAAUUUAAUUUUGUCAAACAACUUAAUUUUUCUAUAGUAUGAAGUGAAACUUCAGAGUAGUGCUGAGUAAAACUUUUAAUAUAGCAAUUAAACUGCAAGUAUUUUUUCCCUAUGCCUGUGCCCGGUAUCUCUAUGAAUAAGGCUUUAUAGGCCUAAAUGUCAGUGCUCCAUAAUGAUUAAUAUGGUAGUAAAAGUAAUUACAUGGUAUAUCUUUGUAAAUGCUGUGGUAGCCUUUCACUCAUUAGCUUGUACCAGCCUCUGUUUUUGAGGGUUCUAGUCUUGGCUAGAACUCGCAUGUGGUACUGAGAUACUACCAUCAUUUUUAUAUGCAUACCCAGAGAAAUGGGGUUCUCAAGGAGUUAGCCCUUUUUUCCUCUGCUCCUUUUUCAAACUAGCAUGAUCAGACCAUUCCCCUUAAAGGGUGGAUCAUUGGUAAUAAAUACUAAUGAAUGAUGCUCUGUUGGCUGUCAGGUGGCAUUAACAAAUUAUUAUUUUAUUGUAUUGUUUCCUUCUCUUUUGUCCCUCCCCAAAGGCCGAGCAGAGAAUUUAAAAAAACAAACAAAUUGAGGGCAGUGUGAUACUUGCUUUACACUGAUGUAAACAGAGUGCAUUUUCAUUUACUUUAAUGGAGUUACUCCUGACUUGCACAGAUUUAUAAGGGCAAUCAGGCCUUAGAGAUGCUGUUAGGUCAUAUAGUUUGACUUUCUGCUGUGUCUAGGUGACAGUUCUAACAUCUCAAUAACAUAAUUGGCCCUCUAGCACAGGGAACAAAGGCCAGUGGUGGCUUCAGCUUUCCAGCUCUGGUCUUUGCCCAUGGUUAUGUUGUCAUUGGUUUGGGUGUAUUUAACCUUUAAAUUGAACUUUCAGGAUGGAAAUGCAUUACAUUUGAUUGUUUAACAGAAGAUUGAUUCCCUAGAAAUAUUCGCUACAUACAAAACAGAUGUGGGGAAAAGGACAGUGUUACUGAUUUAGGCCAGAAUUUUCAAACUGGAUGCCUAAAUUUAGGUUCCUAAAUAAGAGGCUUGCCCCCACUUUUUUUGCUGUUGUAGAACACUGAAUUUUGUAAAAUUACCUGUAUUAAUGAGCUUCUAUGGAGUUAAUAACAUUAGCCUUUAGUAAAAUGUAGAAAGUGAGUUACCACUUACCUCUUCUUGUGAAGCUGUAUGCAAAUAAAACUUAAUUCUUUUGGUUUA